AUGUUUACCUCAAGGGAGGCAGCUCAAGGCCAAAUUUUGUCCACUGCCUUAGAAAACUUGAACAUCACCUACCCUCAAAGCAUGCCACAAUCAAGUCCUGUACAGCGUCGCGCCGAGCCGGCCAUGGCCGCCAAUGACAUACCAAGCCCGAGCGAGACGGCGCCGCUCCUCGGUGGCUCGACAUCAGCGCCUCUGAAGAGCAAGGGCAGCUUCGCAGCGGAGGGCCGCCUGCUGCUCCGUUAUUCCGUUCCUCUUAUCGCCACAUACCUCCUACAGACGCAGUACUCUUCAACAGUCAUCACAACAGUCGUGGCCGGCCGCUUGGGUGCCGAUAGCCUCGCCGCCGCUAGCAUUGGCCUCACGACCAUGAACAUCAUCGGUCUGGCAUUUUACGAGGGCAUGGCAACAGCCCUCGACACCCUCUGCGCCCAGUCAUACGGCUCCGGCCGUCUGACAGAAGUCGGCCUGCACAUUCAGCGCAUGACCCUGCUCAUGAUUGCCCUGAUGAUCCCCGUUGGCGCCUUUUGGCUGUGCUCGCCCUCGAUCCUGCCGCUCCUCGUUCGUCAGCACGACGUUGCCGUGAAAGCCGGCACCUUCCUGCAGAUCAGCCUCAUUGGGCUGCCUGGCUACGCCCUGUUUGAAGCUGGAAAACGCUUCUUACAGGCCCAAGGCGAUUUUCGAUCCGGCAUGGUCGUCUUGGUCAUUUGCACGCCAGUCAACGUAGUCCUCUGCUGGCUUCUAGCCAUCAAGCUCGACAUGGGCGUCGAGGGCGCCGCUCUCGGCCAGGCCAUCGCCAACGAUCUGCGGCCGCUUCUUCUGCUGGCAUAUACCUUCUUCUUUCACAAGUGGUCACACGUGUGCUGGAAUGGCUGGUCAAUGGCGUCCCUGCGCGGAUGGGGCCCCAUGGUGCGCCUCUCUGCCGCCGGCACCGCCGUCAACCUGGCCGAGUGGCUGGCCUUUGAGAUUCUCAUGAUCAGCACCUCCUACAUCGACACCAACCAUCUCGCGGCACAGACCAUCCUCACCACCGUGUCCAUCGUCAUGUGGCACAUUCCCUUCUCCGUCAGCGUCGCCGUCACCACCCGCGUCGGCCACCUCAUCGGCGCCGGCCAAGUCGAUGUCACGCGCCGGGCCGUCACGCUGUAUGCCGUCGUCUUCUUGGCCCUCGGCCUCUUUGACGGCUUGCUGUUGUUCCUGCUGCGCGACCAGAUCGGCGCGUGGUUUUCGGAGGACGACGUCGUGCAGCGCAUCGCCACGCGGUCAAUGCUCUUCGUCGCCGUGUUCCAGGUCAUCGACGCGCUGCUGGCCGGCUGCAAUGGCGUUCUCAGGGGCCUCGCCCGCCAGCACGUUGCCGCUUGGAUCGUCUUGCUGGUCAACUACCUGGGCGCUGUGCCGUUGUCCAUGUGGCUGGAGCUCGGCUCGCCCGACCUGAAGCUGGACGGCCUGUGGAUCGGGACGGGAUGCGGCACGGCUCUGAUUGCUCUGCUCGAGUGUCUGUAUAUGAGGCAUAUCCGAUGGCAGGAUUGCGUGGAGGAUGUAAAAAAACAGGAAGAUCUAUAA